UGAAGUGGUUGCUCGGCAACGCUAUGGACGUCCUGUAGACUGCUGGGCUGUCGGAGUUAUCAUGUUUAUUCUAUUGUCUGGGAACCCCCCAUUCUAUGAUGACACAGAUGAUGAAAAUAGCGACAGUCACAACCGCCGAAUCUUCCGCAAAAUUCUGGCUGGGGAGUAUGAUUUUGACUCUCCAUAUUGGGAUGAUAUCUCCGUCGCUGCUAAAAAAUUGGUGACGAGACUAAUGGAGGUAGAUCAAGACCAACGAAUCACAGCCCAAGAAGCCUUGGGACAUAUCUGGAUAUCGGGAAACAUUGCUUCCGAAAAGAACCUCAAAGAAGGGGUCUGUGCACAGAUUGAGAAAAAUUUUGCCAAGGCCAAAUGGAGGAAAGCCAUCCGAGUCACUACAUUCAUGCAACGUCUCCGGGCCACAGAUGUCAGUGGCCGCCUCCCUGUUACUCCUCGUACCUCUAUGAGCGUGGCUCACGAGGUCACCAUUGAAGCUCCCAGACUGGCUGAACAUUUGGAGACUCCAUGUUCACUAGAGGAGCAAGAGAGCAAGACAGAAGUAGUAGCUGCUGAGCAGAGGGAAUAACUGCUCUUGCUUCCUGGUGUUUUCUCUGCUGGAUCAACACACUCUGCUCUUCGAAGGGGAGGGUUCGGUGAGAGAGCAGCAUGGGGGGAGCUUCACAGUGGUAUUAUCCAUUUCCCUAUUCCUGCCUGUUGGUCAGGAACUAGUUGGUUUGAUGGACAGGUGACUGGACAUCAAGAUCAAUCAAGUUACAUUGUAAAUAGGAAAUAAAGCCUGGAGGCACCAUUAGCUAGACAAUUUUCAGCUGUCAUCAAACGCAGUAGACACCUCAUACCUUUAUGGGAGCAUAGGCCUGCUUUUGAAGCCUUUCCCAGUAGCCAGUACAAGCCAUGGCCCCUGUCCUCCAGCUUUACUUGUCCCCAUGCAACGAACCCUUAUGCCUUGCUGAGUGGCAGUAUCUCUCAGGUCCAAAGACCAAGGUCCCACAAUAUUUGCAUCCCUGCCUCUGUGGUUUCAUAGGGGUUUAGAAGACAGCACAGUUUGAUUCACAGUUGCUUCCCUCGGGGUGGAAAGCCAAAAAGGGAACAAAACUUCACCUCCUACUUGUAGAUACUCUUAGGAACUAAGAACGCCUACACUGCUGGCAAAUAUGUAUCCAAAGAGAAUGGAAAAGAGGGCAAUGCCAAGCAAGAGUCAGAAGAGAAUCCAUUCCACAAGUCAGAGAGGUCAAUUUUCCAGCUCCCCCCCCUGCCCCCGCCCCAUUCUGCAGUGCUGGUCUCACAUGUAAUUGUUAGCAACAGCGGGGACAGCUUGGAAAGGCAGCAUUGAUGAAUUGUUACUCUGUUAAGUCGAAUCUCAACCUCAGCUGGACUGUGGAAGGAGGGGAUGGAGUAAGUGGGAUGCAUGUCCAGGCCAGCUGCAUGUUUUAUGAAGAUGUUAUUUUAAUACAGAAAAUCCUAGCUGCCCUCUCCUGGUGCUGUCUUUCCCUCCCCUGGGGCAGUUCUGGGAAAGAAAAUAAACAGGGUCUUUCUCUGAAUAUUGUCUUUUUUUAAAAUGUGCUUCUUGGGGAUGAAUUUAUCAUCCAGGUACCUCAAAAAUCCCCCAAACAGAUUUGGGGAGAGGAGUAAGAAUCUAUUUUCAAUUUCCCUGCUUUGAAAAAUAAAAGAUUGUGUUGUCAGAACACACUUAUUCAGGCUACAGAACCCAUUCAUUCAGGCUACUUUUAAAGACCUAGCAGUUGCAGUUGUACACAUUACUAAAUCUGAGUGUUAGGCUUGAUUAGUCUGUUUGGCUAGUUCAGUCCAUGGUAUUUAGCCUAGAAAAUGGGUUAAACUAGAUUAAUUUAGUGACCAAGUUAAAAGUGUUGGGGUAUUGCAGGUUAAGUACAUUAUAGUGCUUAGAUCUCUUUCCAACUAUGACUUAUCAAUUACCCCAUGUUAAAGCUGCAUGUUUCAGUUCCCAGUAAAAAACAUCUCGAAACAGAAACAUGGAGAAACCUCAGAAUAAUCAGAAGUUUUUGACUGUUCCAUUCUAAAACAAAUGAAGAUCACAUUAAAUUUUAUAUAUAUAUUU